AUAAACUGUCAAUUAUACUAUUUUGAAGCUGUCAUACGUAAUUUUUCUAAAAAUUAAAAUUCUGUAGGGUUCUGUUCUAUCCUAUACAUACGAUAAGUAUUUUCUUUAUAUUCCCUUAAAUUGCGUGUCUAACAAAACUUUUUAAUUGUAAUUGGUUCUAAAAGCGUUUGUAUAUUACAAAAAUGAGUGCAGAAGUAUUAUCGAAUGCAGGUGCCGAAAUUCGUGAUAAUUUGAUAACAACUGCAGUGAAAUUCUUAACAAAUCCAAACGUCCAGCGAUGCACAUUGGAAAGCAAAGAACGGUUCCUACGUAGCAAAGGAUUAACUGAAUUUGAAAUACAAAAGGCCUUAGAGAAAUGUGGUGAUUUAGUGGAGAUGCCCUCAUUGAGUCCAGACCUCUUGCUUUUCCACCACACAAGGAGGUCCUGGUUUAGGGAAAACAUCUUGCCUUUGAUCAUCUAUGGAGGUUUUGCUUAUGGCUGUUACUGGUUUUAUAAAAACUGCAUAAGACACUUGCUAUUCGUGGAAGAGCCCAAACGCAAGUCGACGUCGGAAUGCAUUGACGAGCUGCGCAAGUCACUAGACAUACUGAACUCCAACGUGUCCUCAUUACGGGGUGAAAUGCAAGGGUCGUUACAACAGAAUGCGCUACGCACGCAGCUAGACAAUAUCAAGUCUGAUAUUUCUUCCGUAAAAGGAAUAUUGCUCAAUAGGAACCAAUUUCCCACAAUCAAGCGAUCGGAACCGCCGUCAAUACCGGCGUGGCAGCGUCAGUCUGAAGAGGCGACGUCGACAGAAGCGGCAGGAGACGAGAAGAAGAAGCCACAUCGCAGCAGGAGCCAGCGGUCAGAAUCAGGCGGAUCCAACUCUAGCGAAGGGGAGCAGGCCACGAAAAAUAGUGAUAGCAGCUUGGAGAUUAUGUGCAUGCCAGCGAAAGAUAAUAUAGUAAUUCUUAAACCCGACCCACCAAUGUCACCCUACAUGACUUUCUUAGACGAGUUCAUAGCAAAAAUGAAGGCUGAAAACCCUAAGCUAAGGGAUAAUGAUCUAGUAUCAAAAGGAUGCGAAGUUUGGAGUAGAAUGACUAAUCGGACUGAAUGGGAAAUAAAAGCAGCCGAAUCGAGGGCGCAGUAUAAAAAAGAUUUAGCGGCAUAUUACGAUUAUAAUGGUGUGCCCGACAAUGAAAGAAGCGAAGACGAGUGAGUUUAACAUGAAUCAAUAUCUCGUGCAACAUUCUACAGCGAGCUUGUCUGAAAUGUCUCAGGGUUAUUAUGAAAUCAUGAACUUUAUUAGUGAUAUUAUAAACUGACAGGUAAAUUAUAAACCACAUACAAUCCCAUAUAUUAAACGACAGGUAUUAAACGCGUACAUACCUUUUUUAUUUGAGUUUAAUACCUGUCAUAUUAAUAUAUAUUAUCAUUAAGCAACGCGAAAAUUUAAAAGUAGUUACACACAAUACCGCUAAAUAUAACAUUGGACCAGUCUCCUUCUUUUCGUGUGUUUUAAUUGCUAACAUUGGUGUUAGAUUUUAUUCCAGCCGCCUAAAGGCAUCUGACAUUACUUUUACGACUCUACUUACUUCUAUACCUCGUCUAGUGGCAAGUGAUCGCAUACCGUGUGAACUUAAACUGUCAACCAGUGUGCAGGUUUCCAUCCCGAUGUUUUCCUUCACCGGAAGCAAGUGGUGGUCGAUGAAAAGUACGCGAUUAGGUUAUACACAAGUCAAUUGGUAUACAAACUCAUGUGGCAUGAGUUUUCAAACCUCUUUACCACUCCGCAAUGGGCCAGUUAAAGUCUAAAUACUGAAUACAAUAAUCUCCAUUUUGUGGCUAUGGAAUAUUGUUAAUAUAUCUAUGGAGCCAUAAAUACAAACUUUGCUUUUAGAUUAGUAGUUUUUUUAGGCAUAAUGUAGAAGAAUAUAUGGCGGGCCGUGUGGCUGUUUGUGUGUUUAGUGCAAAAACUAUACACACUCCAUAUUGAUUGUUAAUAAUUUGAGUACUCCGCGAAGUAUAAUAUGGACUUGUAUAAGUAUUUAUUAGGAUAAUUAUGAGAAGAACAUAUAUAUAUGAAAGAUAAAAAAGGACUUUAAGUUUUUUGUAAUUAAAUAGUAAAAUUAAAACUUUGAAUUUUAUAUUGCUAUAUGUAUGUCAUGUCACAAAUGCUUUGACAAACUAAAUUUAAAUAUAAAAAUUUGAUGACGGAAAGUCCAGGCCACUAGCGGGUAUCAAACCCACGCCCCUGUCUAUGUGGGACAGUGUCUUUGUGAGUACUAUGCUAUCGAGACCAUACUCGAAUCCUGAUUUUUUUUCAUCUUGUUAUUUAAAUUUGAGACUAAAAGUUGAGACUAAAUUAAAAACUAGAUAACGGAAUAUCUAGAUUAAUUUGAUAUUGAAUACAAUUUAAUGAUUUCAUAUUUUUUAUUGCUGACUUUCCAUCUUGCCCAAAACUAUUAGUCAAUUUCUGUUUUUUUGUUGAAAUAUAGAACCGCUUCGUCGCAAAAUGCCCUUUUCGCAAACUGUCACCUGGUCCCAUAAUGUUCCUUUAAUAAAUAAAUUGUAAUACAAAUAAUAAUAAUAAUAGCAAUACUAGCGGCCCGUCCCGGCUUCGCUCGGGUAAAAACAUGAUAAAUUAUACACCUAAACCUUCCCCAGGAACCUACCGUUAACACUAACACUAUCUACCGGUGAAAACCGCAUGAAAAUCCUUGCAGUAGUUAUUGAGUUUAUCGCGAACAGACAGACACGCCAGAGGACUUUGUUUUAUAAUAUGUAAGGAUGCGACCAGGGGAUAUUUGGCAAAUGGGCCAUUUUACGAUGAAGCGUUAGGUAAAGAAGUUAAAUUUCUUUAGAUCUAGAAUUCUUACAAAAUUACAGUCUAUAAAGUGUUUCGCGGGAUUCUAUGAUUUCAUGUAAAAUAUAUUGUUACGAAUUAUAACAUUUCCAAUUUUUAAUAAGUACCUGCAUUUAAUAAUACUGUAUAAUCAUAGUAUUCGUAGUACUAAUACUGAAUUUUAAUUGCUCAUAAUAAUUCAAUGUUUGCUGUCUAUUUCUGGAAUUUGAUUUGCUCAUUUGAAAUAACUUAGUGAUAUUAUGUAUAAAAAAACAAUAAACAUUUAAAUAUUAUUUUUCUUUUACAAUAAAAAUGAAAAACAAACUCCAUUUCUAAACUAAGGGAAAAAGGAAAUACCAUAGCUUUUUUCCAUCCUUCAUGCCUCGUGUAAAAAUAAUAACCUCGUGUAAUAACAGUGAUUUUGCGCAUAUAUGGAAGAAAUAAAUAUACCACCUUGUUCCACCUUUAGGUUUUCUUGCCAAUCCAAAAUGAUCCCUAACACAUUGGGGAUAAAGACUAAAAUCAGACAUUCCGUGCGAUAUGACAUUGGAUCUUGUAAAUUGAUCUUAAGAUAUUUAAAUUAGAUUUUUUUCUUCCUUGACUCAUACUUUUAUUGCAUUACCAAUCAUUCUGAGACUCUCUCUGACCUGGGCUUUUUCCCGAUUGCUUCCUAAGAUAGCGUCGGAGACCAGGUUUCGCUUUUUCACCCUUUCUCGUGUUUGCACAGUUUUCGGCGUCCUCAGUUAUCAGACCACUGGCACGCAUAUCAUCCUUGACCACAUUUCAUGUCUAAACUUCAUUAUAAUUUGUGUAAUUUGAUUUGUGAGUUUUAUAUAUUUAUAUAAUUUGCCGAAAUUAUUAUAGUUGUAGCUUGAUUAGAAAAUUAAUUUAUUGUAUUAAUAUGCCUUUCACAUACGUUAUUUAUUUUUAGUCAAGUUUUCUAUCGCAUCCAAAAGGAACAAGUCAGUAUAAACUGAUUUGCUUAAAUAUAGACAUAUUGAAAUAAAAUUGCGCGUGAUAAGCCUAUAAGAAUCGUAUGUUGCGUCCUUUAGGGUUUCGUAGCCGUAGGGUAAAAUGGAACCUUUAUUAAUAUACCGUGGUGGUAGAUACCUGAAACUUUCACAGAAUGUGUUUUUUAGUUUCUAAACAUUAUACAUAGAACUAUAUAUUCAGUAAUAAAUAUUAUAAACUGUUGUAACUCUGUACAAUAUGUGUGAUCAUGUAAGUUACUAUCUAUGCAAAUACAUUUUUAUUUCAUAUUGUAGCAUAUUUUGGAUAUUUUCAUAAAUUUCAUACUUUGAACAGGGCCUUGGAAAAUUCAGGUUAAUUUACAAUUUUACAAGAAAGUAUUCAAUGUAUGCUCUUCAAAAUUGCUAAAUGGGUGUCUAUUUAUAAAUAUUAUCAUGUAUCAGUGUUUGUGAUAAAUAAACCAAUGAUAAAAUUGAAUAA